CAGCUGUUAAACUGUCAAAAUAAAGUCAAAGGAUAUGCAAAUGCCACUAAAUCUAAUUUGUCUUAUGGUUAUGGAUAUACUAUCAUAAAUACAAGACAGGAUCCAAAGCUUAAAAAUACCUAUCAACAUGAGUAAGAAUCUACAUCUGUUAAGUCAAAUUUUCAGAAAUUUCAUCAGACAAAAACGAUUGCACAGAUUUUAUAGCACUGAAAUAAGAGAAAAUGAACCAAUUAAGUUUUCUACAAGUAAUGCAGCAAAAAAAAAUGUACAAUCAGUAUUUAGAAAAACAACACCCGACAGCAUGCCUUGGUAUCAGCCAUUCAGUGUGGUAGGAAGUGUUGCUGUAUUCCUUAUUUAUUUCUGCAUACUUAGAGAGGAAAACGAUGUGGACCUUGAAUUUGACAAAACAUUAUAUGAUAGAAUACAAGGCUUAGAAAAGGAACAGUUACUACAAAGUUAUAGAUUUAACAAGGAACAAGGAAAAAGUGUAGAAGACAUAGAAAAGAGAUUAAAAGAACUAGAAGAAGAAUCAAAGGUUGCAGCAUAGUUUAAGAUUAAUGUCAAUUUAGUAGAUACAGUAAAAUAAAACCUAAGUUAGUACAAAUCUCUA